AUGGUUCGAAAUCUGGAAUACCCCAAAAAGCCCGAGAAUACAGUCAAGCGAUACAACAGCAGAGCAACCUAUGACCUAGGCGCCAUCCAUUCCAUCAUCAACACGACUUCUGUCCUCCAUGUCUCCUUCGCCCCCAGCGCCGACCAGCCCUUCCCAGCAAUCCUCCCCAUGAUCGGGGCCAUGGGAUCCUUCGAGUAUCCAUCCUCCGGCCUCGACGAGCCACUGGACUGCUAUCUCCACGGCUACGUCAGUUCGCGCCUGAUGCGUCUGGCACGAGAGUCUCCCGACGGUCUCCCGAUCUGCGUCGCCGCGACCAAAGUGGACGGCUUCGUGCUGUCGCUGACGCCCAACUCACAUAGCUACAACUACCGCUCGGCCGUGCUGCAGGGGUACGCCAGACUCGUGGAGACGGCCGAGGAGAAAGUGUACGCCAUGCAGCUGAUCACCGACAAAGUGGUGGCCGGGCGGUGGGAGAAUACCCGCGUCCCGCCCGACAAUGUCGAGAUGACCUCGACCACGAUUCUCCGAGUCAAGAUCGAGAGCGGCAGUGGCAAGGUCCGCCAGGGUGGUCCGCAUGACGAGCCGAAGGAUCAGACCAGAGACGAGAUCACCGACAAGGUCUGGACCGGCGUCGUGCCCGUGUAUGAGGCUCUCGACGCUCCCGUACCGAGUGCGACGAAUAAAGUCGCGCAGAUCCCGGCGUACCUGGACCGUUAUGUGUCGGAGGUGAAUCGGGGGAAUCGCGAGAUUGCGCUGAAUGCGGUGAACGAGCCCUGA